AUGACGUCGCAAGCUGAACCCAUCGCUCUCGAUCAAAAGUCGCUUUCACUGGACAUGGCGACCUCGACGGCGACUGCGCUCCCCGACGAGCGCAACAGCUUGGAGGUCAAUGGCCAUGUUACACCCGCCGACGGUCCCGACGCGACUGACAGCGCCACACCAAACCACAAAGUCGACGCAUCAUCAUCCAAAGACGACCUGAAGAGUGCCGAGUCUCCCGAGCCAAACCAGCACCAGAAUAAGGACGCGUUUGCGACAAACCAACACAUAACUGCCAUGACGCCGCCCGCAGUCGACGCAGCUGAUGCAGUCGAGUCAACAAAGCCAAACAAAGAUGCCGAGGAGAGUGAGGCGAAGGACACGGAGAUGGUCGAUGCACCAGCUGAAUCUGCCCAGGCGCCCUCGCCGCCAGCUGAACCCGCCGCAAAGUCAUCUCCCAAGGCCGAGCAACCUGCGGAGCCGGUGGCGGAACAGCCCGAAGAGUCUGACGCGCCCGUUGAAGCCUCAUCGACGACUGUGCAAUCUCAAACGGCCGCUGAAUCCGCGAAGGAACCUGUAAAGACAGAAUCGAGCAAUGAGAAUGACAAGGAGAUGUCUGAAGCUCCAGUAAAAGAGGCAGAAGCUGGUGCAGAGCAAGGAGGGGACACCCAAGCGACGGCAACAAGUGAGGCACCAGCUAGUGACGCCGUCUCGCCCUCUGCCAACGCACCGAAAUCCCCAAACGACGAGUCUCAGGAAGCUGCUUCCGUGCCUGUGACAGUCGACACUAGUAUGACCGAUGCGCCAUCGCAGAGUUCGUCAAAAAUCGCCCGGGAACGUGAGGAAGAUGUCGAUGAUGAGCCCCUUGCAAAGCGCGUCAGGACCUCAGGAGAAGAUGGCCAGCAACAAAAGGCGGCGCAAGCGCAGUCUGCCCCGUCCGGCGGACAAGACGCAAUGGCCAUAGACCCACCUUCUAAAGCUACCACUCCCUCUUCCACACCCGCGGCAACCGCAAAACCGGCGCAGGCUGGGGCGUCUGUGCCCCUGACUGUGAACGGGAAAUCUCGCAAGUUGAAUGACCCGGCGCUCGCCAACAAUGCCAUUACGGCCUACCAGAACAGGGAGAUCAAGAAAGUAUUGGCCCUUGUCAAGAAGACCAAGAGUGGACAAAUGUUCAGAUCGUCUGUGCAGACACUGUGGCCAGGUGUCUGGGAGCAGUACCGUUCAUUGAUCAAGCGGCCUGUGGACAUCAGCUUCAUCGAGCAGAACCUACGUGACAACAAGUACCCAGUCAUGGCUGACUUCAGGACUGACGUUGAGCUCAUAAUUGAAAAUGCCACCAAGUUCAACGGCUCUGAUCACGAUGUGACCAGGGCCGCAAAGGCAACGGUGGACGGAAUUUACAUUAGGCUGGCAGAGGUACCCGCAGAAGAGCCCGUGAAGCCCGUGAAGCAGGACAUCAAGCAGAUGCCCACACGGCACGCUGAACCGCGGCAUCACCAACCUCCUCCCCCAAAGAAGGAGUCACGUCCUGUGGCAAGCUCACCGGCGGAGAAGGUUUCUGACUCACCUGUCUUUGCUGUGCCUGCUUCCGGGGUGCCCACCAUUCGGCGAGACAGCACCAAGAACGCCGGCGAUCGGCCCAAGAGACCUAUCCACCCGCCCAAGAACAAGGAUCUAGGCUUUCAGCCCAAGAACACGAAGAACAAGCGCAAGCCAGAAAUGAAAUUUUGUGAAGAGGUUCUGAAGGAUCUGAAGCACCAGAAAAACUGGACCAUGAACCAGUUCUUCCUGGAGCCAGUGGAUCCCGUGGCUCUGAACAUUCCCACUUACCACAGCGUCAUUAAGCAGCCCAUGGACUUGGGUACUAUGACCGCAAAGCUGGAUAGUGGAGAGUACGAGUCGGCCAACGCGUUCAAGGCGGAUUUCCAGCUCAUGAUUAAGAACUGCACCAAGUUCAACCCCGAGGGCCAUCUUGUCCACUCGGCGGGCAAAGAGCUGGAGAAGCUAUUCGACAAGAAAUGGUCUGAGAAGGCGGCUUGGAUGAGCAAACACGCCCAAGCAACAGCACCAGCUGCGGCGGCGACUAGUCCACGUGGCGCUGCUAAAGAUGACGAGGAGGAGGAGGAUGAGAGUGAGCCGGAGCAGGAGAGCUCCGUUGAUAUCCAGGAGGCACAACGGAAGCUGGACCAUGCCAUGGCGCGGUUGAAGAAGGAGAACGAUGACCUCAACAAGCAACUCUUCUCUGACAACCCGGACUCGGCCUCUAUUGACCUCAGUAGGACAGUUAUCCAGACUCUUCAGGAUGAAAUCAUCAAGAGGAGGGCUGAAGUCAACUCGGCGCGAGAGAAGAAGCCCUCACAGGCCUCCAAGCCGUCCAAGAAGAAGGCGACUGCAGGCACCAGUAGCGGCUCGAAGAAGGCCGCGAAUAAUGCAGGCCCACCUAAGAAGGCCAGUGGCGGCUCGGCGAAGAAGCCUGUGAAGAAGAGGCUCACCGACGAGGAGAAGGAGAUCGUCUCAGACGCGAUCGGUAGAUUGGACGGCAACAGCUUGACGAAGGCCAUUGACAUCAUUAAGAAGGAUACCAAUUUGACGGAGACCGAUGAUGACGAGCUCGAAUUGGACAUGGAGCAGCUGAGUGACGAGGCGCUCGUUAAGCUGUUUGAUCUGGUUCUCAAGGCGUUCCCGACCUACAAGGAUCAGCUCAAGAAGCAGGAGCCCGCGCCCACGGCUGCUCAGACCUCCGCCGCGAAGUCGGCGGCAAAGAAGAAGAACAAGCCCAUGGGCAAGGCCGAACAAGAGCGCAAGCUUGAGCAGCUGAAGGCACUCAAGGACUCGUACAAGCGUCCCGGAAGCGGUAGCCAGGAACCCGUGCCCUCGAUUGAGCCCAACGAGACCGCACACGCUGGCCACCGUCACGAUGACAGCGACGAUGCAAGCUCUUCGGAAGAGGAGUAG